UAUCCAAUCGCGGAGUUGUCAUUUCUCGGCCAUCCUCUUGAAUUCUCUCCGCCCUCUCGCCGCCGCCGACUCUGUCUACAUAAGCCGCCGCCUUCCGCGACUCCUUUUCUUGCUAUCCUUAUAUUCGCACCUACAGUAGCUUGUCUUUUCGUGGAAAAACAACUUCAAGGAUAAUUAAUUUCAAGUUCGGCAUAGAAUGGCACACAGGCUGCUGAGGGACGCGGAAGCCGAUGGGUGGGAGCGGUCUGAUUUCCCAAUUAUAUGCGAGUCAUGCCUUGGCGACAAUCCAUACGUCCGAAUGACAAAAGCAGAUUAUGAUAAGGAGUGUAAGAUCUGCACUCGGCCAUUUACGGUGUUCAGGUGGAGGCCUGGUCGUGAUGCAAGAUACAAGAAAUCUGAGAUAUGCCAAACUUGUAGUAAGCUGAAAAAUGUUUGUCAGGUUUGCCUUUUGGAUCUCGAGUAUGGAUUGCCCGUUCAGGUUCGCGAUACUGCUCUGAGUAUUGAUUCUAAUGAUGCCAUUCCAAAGAGUGAUGUGAAUAGGGAAUACUUUGCAGAGGAGCAUGAUCGCAAGGCAAGGGCUGGGAUUGAUUAUGAGUCUUCAUUUGGAAAGGCUCGUCCAAAUGAUACUAUUUUGAAGCUCCAGAGAACCACACCAUAUUACAAGAGAAACCGAGCUCAUGUUUGCAGUUUCUAUGUUCGCGGUCAAUGUACAAGAGGUCCAGAGUGCCCUUACAGGCACGAGAUGCCUGUUGAAGGUGAAUUGUCUCAACAAAACAUUAAAGAUCGCUACUACGGAGUGAAUGAUCCAGUGGCAAUGAAGCUAUUGAGCAAGGCCGGGGAGAUGCCUUCUUUGGAGCCUCCCGAUGAUGAGAGCAUUAGAACCCUCUAUGUGGGAGGGCUUGAUGCUAGGAUUACCGAGCAGGAUUUAAGGGACAACUUCUAUGCACAUGGAGAAAUUGAGUCUGUCAAGAUGGUUCUCCAGAGGGCCUGUGCUUUCGUGACUUACACGACACGAGAAGGUGCUGAGAAAGCAGCUGAGGAACUUGCUAACAAACUAGUUAUUAAAGGCUUGAGGAUGAAGCUGCUGUGGGGCAGACCCCAAGCUCCAAAGCUGGACUCUGAAGGCUCUGAUGAAGCAAAGCAGCAAGCAGCCGUGACUCACAGUGGGUUGCUCCCAAGGGCAGUCAUAUCGCAGCAACAGAACCAGCCUCUUCAGGCUCCCCCACCUUGCGGUCAGACACAACCGCCACCAGUGCCUUAUUUCAACAUUCCUCCUCUGCCUCAGCAUGAGAGGGCGUAUUAUCCUUCUAUGGAUCCCCAGAGGAUGGGUGCCCUCAUUCCAACUCAAGAGGGGCCUUCCAGUGGGUCAUCUGCGUCUAAUGAAAAUAGAGGUGGUUCUGAACAGCAGCAUCAACAAGCUCAGCAGUAUGGCUACCCGAGCACGGCGCCCCCUCCAGGUCAAUUUUACCCACCAUACUACCAGCAGUAUGGCUACAUGGGACCGCCUCUGCCAGUGCUACCACCUAAUCAACAACACCAUCAACAGUAUCAAGGACCUCAAGGCAGGAUGCCUGCCGCUCCAACCGCUCCAGCUACUGGGACGUCGCAGCAGCCAUGAAUGCUGUAUUCUAGAAUACUUCUGCCGUUGUUGCCAAAAAUUUUAUAUCCCGUUGUUGUUCAAUUGUGUUUAAGCUCUUGAUUUUCUGAACAUGGUGGCUACAUAAACCUCUUCUUUUCCUUUC